AUGGCGAUGGGCUGGCGGGUUGGUGACAGGGCUGUGCCACCAUCCCGCGGCCCCGUGGCAUCCCCGUCUGUCACAUCCCCCAUCGGCCCCUCCGAGCGGUGCCUGGAGGACCACGAGUCGGUGGUGGAGGUGCAGAGCUCCUGGCCCCCCGGCGCCAACAGCUGCUUCGUCUUCCGCAAGAACUUCGCCAAGUACGAGCUCUUCAAGAGCAAUGCGCAGUCCCUCUUCCCCGAGGUGAUGGUGUCCAGCUGCCUGGAGGCGAAUAAGAGCAUGGCACACUCCGAGCUCAUCCAGAACUUCCUCAACUCUGGGAGCUGCCCUGAGGUCCAGGGCUUCCUGCAGCUGCGGGAGGCCGGGCGCAAGGUCUGGAAGCGUUUCUACUUCUCCCUGCGCCGCUCGGGGCUCUACUACUCCACCAAGGGCACCGCCAAGGUGAGGGGGUGGGGGUUCCCCUCAAGCCUGACGCCUGUCUUCCCUGCAGCCAUCCACCGCACCCAGCCCUGGUUCCACGGGCGCAUAUCCCGGGAAGACACCCAGCAGCUCAUCGGCCGUCAGGGCUUGGUGGAUGGGUACGGAGACCCCGGUGGGGGGGUGGAGGGGGGGGUCAAGGAGGAGGGACGGCUCUACUUCACCAUGGACGACGGGCAGACACGCUUCGCCGACCUCAUCCAGCUCGUGGAGUUUCACCAGAUCAACCGCGGCAUCCUGCCCUGCAAGCUGCGGCACUACUGCACCUGCGUGGCCCUGUGA